AUGUCUUUGGCAGAAUCUAAGGACACGUACAUUGUUAUGAUUUUAAACUGGUUAUUGAACAAUAACAGCACCAAUGGUGUCGAUUUUACACAACCAUACGUACGUCGAUCAUUGCGUUACGUUUAUCCGUUAUUCAUGUUUUUACAUGCUGUAGUCGGGAUCGUUGGUAUUGUUGGUAAUCUUGGAAUGUUGGUGGUGAUUGUCAAAAGACGAUUGUAUCACGAUCAGACAUAUUUCUUAAUGACAAACAUGGCGCUAUCGGAUCUGAUCAAGUGUAUUUUUGUAUUACCAAUCACACUUGCCAAUUUGUUGAUUCAAAAUUGGCUGUUUGGCAGUUUUAUGUGUUUCUUUUUGCCGAUGAUACAAUGUUUUCCAGUGCAUGCCUCUAUGCUGACUUUUGUCAUGAUAGCCAUAGACAGGUAUCGUUUAAUAGUACACCCAUUCAAAUCUCGUCUGCCGGCUGGAUUGUGUGUUAUCGGAGUGUGGGUUGCUGCCGUCUGCGUUGUACUGCCGUAUGCUGUUUAUAUCAAAUAUAUUGAUCUUGGAGCUUCUCUUGGAAAACAAUUUGAUGGAGUUGGCAUUUGUUAUGUAAACGUUGAAAAGAGAAUUGAAGAAUAUAUACGUGCUAUAUUUGUGACAUUUAAUAAUGGAGCCACGACUACGACUCGCUUAGAUCCUGAUGCUGGAGCUGGGGAACCUUCAAGACUGAAAUCUUAUAACGAGGCUGCUACCCAGGAUAGUGAUGAUGACCUUGACCUCGUUAAGGAAAAGCGAACCCAAAAUUAUCUUAUUGCUAUGACUACUCUAUUCGCUAUGUGUUGGUGUCCACUACAAAUUCUUAUUUUAGUUCAUUAUUUUGUUCAUGAAAACGAUGACAAUAUGGAUCACUAUGAUAUCACUUACAUCACAUUUACUUGGUUUGGUUUUCUAUCCACUUGCACCAAUUCUAUUUUAUUUGUGUCUUGGCGCAUGUCCAGCGCCACUAAAGAUAGGCUUCGAGGUUACUUCCGGUUUAGCAACAGAAGGAGUCGAUCACAGCUUGUAAUUCUUUGUCGCUUAGCAAAGAUCGUUCAGGUUAAACCAACCUCAACCAACAUGAUGUUAUAG